UUCAAAUUAUCAAAAGCAUUUUCUGUAUAUAACGCAUGUGUGCUGAUUUUAGCGAUUUUAAUAGCCACUUUAGAUUUAUGCGUGUGCUAUGCAACAAGAAGGAUAGAAAGGAUCGCAAAUAUCGAUUUAGCGUGAUUAAGACGCCGUAAAUGCAUAUAUCUUGCGUAAGGGCGAUGAAAAAAAUGUACCUCAAACAUGUUUUCAUAACAUUGUACACUCAUGGAAAAUGUUAAUGUCCGAGUGUUUGACACGUGAUUGGAACUUAACGGCGACAAGUGUAGCGCGGCGGCUCCUAACACAGCGUGAACGUCCUACUUCAAUAAUCUGGUGGGGAGCAUUGAAGCAUUUCCACCUAGGCAGGUGGAAAGUAAGCAUCGUGAGAUUACAGUGCGUUAUUAAUUUGCGAUUGUACGCCGAUUCAACCGGUUCUCGUUGAUUACAGUUUACGCACCCACAAUUUAAAUCAUAUCAUCCGUUUUAUAUCGAUCAAGUUCUUAAUUGCGUACGAUACGCACUUCAUCUAGUUUGUGCUGGUAUUUCUGCUCCACAUUACAUCUUCAAAGUUAAUUAUUUGUUAUUUGAUCAACAGGCACAUCAAUCAUGGUUACAAAGAUAUCCGCCGCCAUCCGAUUAAAUUAAUACUGUUGUCUAUCAAGCGACCUUCUAUAGUUCGCACACAUUACAUAAAAUUUUACAUCAUCUAUUGGGAUUUCUCAGAAACAACACACGUAGCGAGCGUAAUCUAUGGCAUUUUUAUAACAUCCAUAUCAGAUCGCGGCACUAACAGAUGAAUGUGAGCAAUUAUUGACAUAAAACCAGUGCAAGAGACAGUUAAUAAAUAUUUACUCUGUUAAUUUAAACAGUUUGAUUCAAGGCGAGAGCGUUUUAUAAAUAUAACGGGAGCAAAAACCUCGUGCGGUAUUUGAUUUUAUACUAGUAUCGGCUGCGGGCUCAAGUUUUAAUUAAAGGUGUGAAAGAGGAAUCGAGUCGGUAUGACUAGUCGACUGUGGAAAGCCUUGUCGCGAAGGCGCGUAGAGGACAAUGAAGAGGUAAAAGACGAACAAUUGGCGCGGGUCCUUGGUUUAUUCGAUUUGACUGCACUCGGCGUUGGCGCGACUCUCGGCUUGGGCGUCUAUGUCCUUGCUGGCAGCGUAGCCAAAGAGACUGCCGGGCCCGCCGUUUGCAUCUCUUUCCUCAUUGCCGCCAUUGCAUCCGCUUUCGCGGGUAUGUGCUACGCGGAAUUCGCAUCGAGAGUGCCGAAGGCCGGUUCGGCUUACAUUUAUAGCUACGUAACAGUAGGCGAGUUCAUCGCCUUCGUGAUAGGGUGGAAUUUAAUUCUAGAAUACGUAAUUGGUACGGCUAGCGUUGCUCGUGGACUUAGUAAUUAUAUCGACGCACUGAUAGGAAAUACUAUGAGUAACACUAUGCGCUCAAUUAUGCCUAUAGAUAUUUCCUUCCUAUCAGAAUAUCCUGAUUUUUUCGCCUUUGCAAUGGUCAUGCUGCUGGUGGCGUUACUGUGCGUAGGAGUGAGAGAAUCGUCGAUCUUGAACAAUAUAUUCACCGUUAUAAACUUGAUAACGAUUACGAUCGUCAUUAUUGCAGGAUCCAUAAAAGCGGAUCCUUCAAACUGGUCAAUUGCACCCGAGGAUAUCCCGAGCACCGUGAAGAACGCGGGAACGGGCGGAUUCAUGCCGUUCGGUAUCGGCGGAGUGAUGGUCGGCGCGGCGAAAUGCUUCUACGGAUUCGUGGGUUUCGAUGCCGUCGCUACCACCGGCGAGGAGGCGAAGAAUCCUCGGCGUCACAUUCCCUUAGCAAUCAUCCUGUCCUUGAUUAUCAUAUUCGCAGCAUACUUCGGCAUCUCUAUGAUUUUAACGAUGGUAUUGCCGUAUUACGCGCAGAAUGCGGACGCCCCGUUUCCAUAUGCGUUCGAGCAGAUCGGAUGGCCCGCGAUCAAAUGGCUCGUCAACGUAGGCGCGGUGUUCGCGCUGUGCACUAGUCUUCUGGGCGCAAUGUUUCCGCUGCCGCGUAUAAUAUACGCCAUGGCUAGCGACGGCGUCAUAUUUAAGCCUCUCUCCAAAAUACAUCCGAAGACCAUGACACCUGUAUACGGCACGGUGCUCUCUGGUUUGCUUAUCGGUCUCAUGACGCUCAUCUUCAAUCUGCAGCAAUUGAUCGACAUGAUGUCCAUAGGAACUCUGCUCGCGUACACAAUAGUGGCGAUAAGCGUCUUAAUAUUAAGAUAUCAAAAUGAAGGGAACCUUCGUGACGCUAUACCAAUGAUCGAUUACCAACUUACACCUAUAAACAUACUUAGAGAGUUAUUUAAUUUGCAUAAUCAGAAGGUGCCGACGGAGCUUUCUAGCAAGAUCGCAAACAUAGGCAUCAGUUGCCUCUGUGUCAUUAUAUGCAUCAUUACGUUUCUGAUAAGUAAUAUGGGCACGGAUCUGGUCGAGGGAAACGUGGUGGUGUGUGUGAUAUUAGCUGUAUUAGUGAUCAUUUUCUUUUUGAACCUAGCGGCUGUCGGUAGGCAGCCGGUGCACAAGACCGAAGUGGCCUUUAAGGUGCCUCUCGUUCCGCUCAUUCCAUGUUUCAGUAUUUUUAUAAACGUAUAUUUAAUGUUCCAACUAGAUGUCUUUACUUGGAUUAGAUUCGCUACUUGGUUACUGAUCGGUUUCUGCAUUUAUGGUUUUUAUGGAUUUAGUCACAGUGAGCAAGGAAAAAGAGACAAAGCAGAAAAUGAAAAGUUACAACAAAUGUACGUGGAGAAAUUUAGAAUAGUGACAGCAUUUUAAAAAGACUAACCGAAUCGUAACUCUUUUAUGAAAAACAUUUUGCAUGUGACAAAAGAUGCAUAGUCAUGUGUAUUUCAUAUUGAGAAGUAUCUCUUAAUCAUAAAUUUUAUAAUAUAACAUGCGUAUAAACGUCGUGAUUAUUGCACGAAUAUAGAAUUAAGUUAACGAUACUAAUUUUAAAAGUACAAUUUUUUAUUUCAUCUAUUCUUUUAUGAAUCUUGAUUAAAUUAUUUCCUAACAAAACAGCAAUCAACAUUGCAUAUCAUUUUUUAAAAAUCUUUUUGUUAUAUAUUUAUAUUUGAAAGAGAUAUGUUUGUAUAUACUGAUGA